AUGCUUCCGAUAUGUUAUUUUCCAAGGCGAUGUCUCAUGAUCCUCCAGUUUCAUGUUCUUCUUAUCUUAUUACUCUUUCCAGCUAAAGAAUGCACCAUGCCAGAAGCAAGUCAAGAAGGAUUAUUGCAUUCUUUUAAAAGUUAUUCAGAUAUAGCAAUGUUUCAUUAUACAGUUCCAAAAGAGGUGCUCAGAGCUACUUGGCAAUUUGCUGCAUUUAUGGAUGGGCAAAAUUGCCCAGAAAGAAAAGUGCAUAUAUACCUGCAAUGGGGCAGUUACCCUGUGAUAUCUGUAAAUAAUGAUACAUUUCCUAAUGAUAUGUAUCCUAAGCGUAAUCAUACUAUUAUAGUUUCUGCAAUUACAACAUUUGAACCAAAAACUACUGCAAUUGUACCAGUUUAUGGACCAGAAGCUGGAGAUUGGUUUGUUGGAGCAUAUUUGUCUCAUUGGGAUGAGAAAGUGCAACAACAGGGGCUUGGCCAUAAAUGCCACUAUAGUAUAGGUUCUGUAGCCAUAUGGACACAAACCAAUAGUAUUGAAAAUAUACCUAUUGGUUACCAACAUACAUUAAGAACAAAAGAAACUACUUCUUAUUACAAGAUAUACAUACCAUCAGGAACAUGGAAUUUUCAAGUAGAUAUUUGGGGUUGUAAUUUCACUGUUUAUAAGUCUCACGGUAUACACGAGGUUUGCAUUAAAAAUAUGGCUCUACAAGGACGUUCUCUACCUGUUUUCAAUCACUCUGAACAAAAUGAAAUUAGAAAUGUAACUGUGUUAGGUUCAUACACCUUUACAGAGUCUUCUCCCUAUGAAGACAGUUAUUACUAUUUGAUGAUUAUUUCAGACAGUAUUAUUGAAGUAAAUGUAAAAGUAGUCACUUCAGAAUGUCCAAUCAGAAUAACAGAAAAGUCGUUUGUAAGACAAUAUUUGGAUGCACCUUCAUUUUCUAAAGCACUAGCUCAAUUACACAUGAAAGAUCUAACAAAACAUCGUUUGCAUCACGAUGAAAAUAAAAAUAACGAAUCAUUUUAUAAUGGGGUUGAUCUUAUGAAAAAUCAAUUCCAUAUACCAGAUGAAAAUUUUGAUGAUCCAUGUGUCCCAAGAUAUCAACUUGCCCGAAUAAAGCAUUCACAAACAUUCUCUGGUGUCUAUCUAUUACAGGGUAGAGAAUGGUUAACUUCUUGGGUAAUCUUAACUGAUAUACAUCCAGUAGUAACACAAUUUAAUAUUUUACCAUUAGUAGAUAUUGGUGGUACACUUGAUAUAAGUGUUCAUUUGGAAAUGGAUAAAGUAUCAACAAGACAGCUAGUAAAAGUUAUACUUUGUGUUCGUCGUGGGCGAGUUCCAGAUAGAAUUAAGGGUAAUAUUGUAUGCGAGGAUUCAAAAAUGUUAAUGAAUUUAUCUUCGUUCGAUAAACAUGACGGAAGUUUAUUAAUACCAUAUCCACAGUCAGAUACUUGGUAUGUUACUUUACAUGCAACAUGUUACUUUAACGGAAAACCCGUAAAUUGUGAAAUGGAAGAAAUUUUAGUAUCGCUGGAUAUACGAACUAGGCAAUGUGUGUUUCCUGGAAAUUAUCCAUGUGGUCAUCAUGGACUUUGUCAAGAAAUUCAUCGAGAUAUUCUAUAUUAUACGACGUGUAAAUGCUUUGAAGGAUACAAAGGUUGGGGCUGUACUGAUGCUACUAGUGCCAAUCCUGAAUCCUCUCUUCUUAUAACAACAAUGAUGCUCACUUUAAGUAAUGGUUUUUUCAUACCUGCUAUAUAUUUAGCUGUUAAGCGCGGAUUAUAUACUGAGGGAUUAGUCUAUUUGGCAACUAUGCUUUUUUCGUCUCUGUACCAUGCUUGUGAUCAACAUAUUAUGACUUAUUGUGUUGCUAAAUAUGAAGUUUUACAAUACAGUGACUUUUUUUCAAGUAUAUUAGCAUUUUGGGUAACACUUGUUGCAAUGGCUGAAAUACCGAUUCAUUUUGUAUCAUUGUGUCAUAUGUUUGGAGUUCUUAUAAUAGCUUUUGGAGUGGAAUCCAAUAAAACAAGCCUAACUAGUAUAUUAGUACCUUUAGGAAUGGGCAUUAUGAUUCCAAUGGGAACAUAUGUUUAUCGUUGUUUUCAUUUGAAAAAAUGGAAAAAACCUGACCGAAUUUCAAAGUUAUUAGCAGGUUUAACAUUGGCAGCCAUAGGUUUAUUGCUCUUUUCUUUAGUUGAAACGGAAGCUAAUUAUCAGUAUGUUCAUAGCGCAUGGCAUAUGAUAAUAGCCAUCUCAUUGAUAUUUCUUUUACCACCAUCGCGAAUAGAGCAAAUUGGUUCUUCAGGUAGUUCAUUUAGCGACGAUAGUGAAUUACUUGAUUAUAAGGAUUCGCCGGGUAGUCCAAUUUUUACGGUAACCACUGGCCAGGAAAAUUUGGUAAUUGCCUCGAAUUGAAAAUUAUAUUAAAAAUAAGUAGA